AUGUACAGUCGCGUCGAGCAAAGUUGCUCUUUCAAAGUUGGAGAUUUGGUGACAAGUAUCGGGCGAUUGUGGCCGUGGAGCCGUCUUUUUGUGGCUGAUCAGGCCGACCUUGUUAGGGCAGGUUUCUUUGACCAUUUUUUAUUGGCAGCCGUGAAAUUGGAGUCGGGGAAAGUACUGUUUACACGGCUGGUCGACUUACCUCCGGGUUUCUCACCAUCAGUUGUGCUAAGCUGUGUUGGUCUGUCCGGACUAACGGCUCUUCUUGGUAUCCAGAAAAAAGCAAACAUUGAUCGAACCCGGCCGCAGACAUUCGUCGUUUCCGGCGCAGCUGGCUCAUGUGGUUCGCUGGCUGGGCAGAUAGCACGUUUGUAUGGCUGCACCAAGGUGAUUGGUAUUUGCGGCUCUGACCAGAAGUGCGACGUGCUGCUCGGUGAAUGGGGCUUCGAUGGUGCUAUAAAUUACAAGAAGGAAUCGGUGGUUGAUCGUCUGAAGCAGCUCGCCCCGGAGGGCGUCGACAUUUACUUCGAUAAUGUUGGAGGAUUCGUCAGUGACGCCGUCAUUUCACUGGUGGGCUGUGCUUGUAUUUCGUAA